AUGGCAAAGUACUCGAUCCACAAACUCGCCAAAGUGGGCUCGCUGGCUCCGCGAACCGUCACCUCUCUCACCGCCGAGCUGUCUCAGAUGACGAUCGAGACGGAUGCCCGGAGACUCGUGCAAGACAACAUCAAGAGGUUAAAGGACAUCGGGUCCUACCGUGGUAGGCGACAUGCCAUGGGCUUGCCGGUGCGCGGCCAGCGGACAAGAACGCAAACGGCAACAGCAAACAAACUCAACCGAGUCGAUCGCCGCUCAUGA